GGAGCCUUCAGUCGACCGAGGGACCUGCGGGCUACGCUCGGCUGGCGGGCCUGACCGAGACGCCAGGGGCUUGGGCGGGUGGACGGACAGUGUGAGCAGACAGACGCCCAGUGGCCGCCGGUUCCACGCAGGUCCCAGCUAGGCUUGCAUCCAGAGGCCGGCAGCAGACCGAAAGCGGCCGAAUCUCCUGCGCUCCGCCCGCCGCGGCUCCGGUGCCAGCGCCCGGUGGCCGCCGCCUCCUAAGUGAUUGCUGCUUCGCCGCCUCCUCCGGGUCCAGGACCAUGAAGCUGCUGCCGUCGGUGGUGCUGAAGCUCUUUCUGGCUGCAGUGCUCUCGGCGUUGGUGACUGGCGAGAGCCUGGAGCGGCUUCGGAGAGGGCUGGCAGCUGGAACCGGCAACCUGGACUCUCCCACCGAAUCUACAGACCAGCUACUGGCCCCGGAAGGCGGCCGGGGCAGGGAAGUCCUGAACUUAGAAGAGACAGACCUGGACCUUUUAAGAGCUGCUUUCUCCUCCAAGCCACAGGCUCUGGCCACACCCAGCAAGGAGGAGCGUGGGAAAAAAAAGAAGAAAGGCAAGGGGUUAGGGAGGAAGAGAGACCCAUGUCUUCGGAAAUACAAGGACUUCUGCAUCCACGGAGAAUGCAAAUAUGUGAAGGAGCUCCGGGCUCCAUCCUGCAUCUGCGAGCCCGGUUACCACGGAGAGAGGUGCCAUGGGCUGAGCCUCCCAGUGGAAAAUCGCUUAUAUACUUAUGACCAUACAACCAUCCUGGCUGUGGUGGCCGUGGUGCUGUCGUCUGUCUGUCUGCUUGUCAUCGCGGGGCUUCUCAUGUUUCGGUACCAUAGGAGAGGAGGUUAUGAUGUGGAAAGUGAAGAGAAAGUGAAGUUGGGCAUGACUACUUCCCACUGAGAGAGACCUGUGCUCAAGGAAUCUGCGGGGGCACUGCUACCUCUGAAAAGGCACAGCCGAUCGUAGACUCUGCAGAGGGAAAGCACGUCACAGCUCGUCAGGGAGACUCCUUCGUUCCCAGUUGCUAUCUAGAUUGGGCCUCCCAUAAUCUGGUAUUUUUGCCAAAAUACCAGAGCCUUCAAGUGCCAAACGGAAUAUGUCAAAAUGGGAUCUUGGUGAGAAGAAAACAAGAGUGAAAGACCUUCCUGCCCUUCUCAUUCCCCUCCUCCAAACUCCACGUCCCCUCAUAAGUGUGUUUAAACGAUUAACUUCUGGAUUCAGAUGCCAGUUAUAUUCCAUAUGCUCCAGGAUCUUUGACUGAUAAAAAAGAAGGAGAGGAAGAAGGAAAGCUUUGUGGGUUGGCAGACAGUAACAAAGAUCGAGAAGCCGUGUACUCAAGUAGCCACCAAGGGAUCUGCCAUUUGGACCCUCUAGCGCUGGAUUUGAUGAGCUAACUGUGAAAUACCACAAGCCCGAGAACUCUGAAUUUUGGGACUUCGACCCAGAUGGAAAAAUAACAACUAUUUUUUGUUUGUUUGUUUGUAAAACGCCUCUUAAAUUAUAUAUUUAUUUUAUUCUAUGUAUGUUAAUUUAUUUAGUUUUUAACAAUCUAACAAUAAUAUUUCAAGUGCCUAGUCUGUUACUUUGGCGAUUUCCUGGCCCUCGACCUUGUAUGCCCCGCCAUCUGGCUCAGCGCCGCACCCCUCUGCCACAACGCCGAGAUGGUUCUGUGACCCGUCUGUAGUAAUCUGUUCUCUGUCCACAUGUCUGAAGAUCUUUCACACUCACAGUGCCGCAGGGGGAGGUCAGUAGAGUCAGGAUAUAGGAGUUAACUUUGUCAGAUCCACUCUAUGAGUUGGACUGUGGUCUUGCCUAGGCGAUUUUGUCUACCGUUUGUGUUUUGAAAGCCCACGGUGCCGAUGUCCAAGCGUAACAGAUAUUGGUGUUUGCCUAUGUCCUCUCCCUGCCAAAUCUCAUAAGAGGUUGGGCUUCCAUGCCCGCGGCUUUCCUGGCUCCUCAACCCCCGUGGCCCCAGGCCCACAGAGUGGGAACUCCCUCCUCCCUGCGUCAUGACAUUUCCCUUACUCCGCCAUUCUUCUGGUGCUACUCCAUGCAGGGGUCAGUGCAGCAGAGGAUAGUCUAGAAAAGGUAUUAGCAAAGAAAAAGGCUGAGGAGGAGCAGGAAACAUUGGAGCCGACUGUUCUUGUUAACUGAUGACCUACCGAUUACUACAGAGUUUGGAGGUGAGGAGGGCUUUUGUGGAAACCCACCCACCUCACCGAACACUAAAAAGGUAUGCUGUCAUGGUCCCUUCUGGAAGUUUCUGGUGCCAUUUCUGAACUGUUACAACCUGUAUUUCCAAACCUGGUUCAUAUUUAUAUUUUGCAACUCAAAUAAAGAUAACCCUUACUCCA